AUGAAGACGACCGCGGGUGCGCGGGAGCUGCGCCGUGAAAAUGCCAUGGCGCAGGAACCUGCGCCUGGGCUAGGCGCCUCGGCGGGCGGGCUGUCUCUGUCCAAACGGAGCUGUCGCUUGGCUGCGUCUGCCUCUAGGCCGCGUGGCAAACGGACGCUCGCCAAGGCAGACUUACUUUGGUCUUCACUGUUUGGUCUCGGAGGAGUCUUGGGCCUGCACAUGACUCGCGAAAGAGGUCGCGGAGCGGAGCGCCUCGGCAGCCAGGCUGAAGAGGAGCCCCUGGUCAAUCUCCCUCUUCCUCCCGCGCCGCUGGAGAACGGUGGCGAGACUGCCGCCGUGAAGGCGCCGGAGGCCGGUCACGAGAGUGGCGCGGAAAAGGCGCGGGAGGGUGUUGCCGUGGAGCAGUGUGAAGAGCCAGCUCUGGAAGAGACGCAGGCUCUGGAGGGGAUCCAGGCUCUGGAGGAGACCCAGGCUCUGGAGGGGACCCAGGCUCUGGAGGAGACCCAGGCUCUGGAGGCUGUCUCCGCGGACGAACGGCAAGCGGUGGGCGAGGACGCAGAAAUGGAGAACUCAGAUAUCGUCGACGAAGCCGCGCUCGACCUGCCCGAAACCGCAGACAGUGCCGAGGCUGUCUCCGGGACACCUGGAUCUUUCGAGACGUUCCUCGUGCGUCUCCUUCCGCCUGAGUUGCGAGGUCACGCCAAGCUCCUCAGCGUGGUCGCGCUCGUGACCCUAGCCCACGUGGGGAGGCGGCUGCGCGGGCGCCGAGGGAGAAGACAGGAGGGCGCGGAGGCGGAGUGCGUUCAGACUGCUGACAAGAAAGUCGCUGAAGUUCAAGCUGAACUGCGCGCCACCUUGGAGAAGCACGCCGCGGCGGAAGAGGCGCCGCGAAGGCUUCAGGAGGACUCCCGCUCGGAGUUCGGUGCCAAGAGCUUGGCUGAAGGCCGAGCCCUAGAUGCAGAGGCGCAGCGCAACGACGCGAGAAGCGCUCUGGAGGCCGCUGAGGAGAAGGUUCGCCAGCUGCAGCAGGAUAUUGGCGAUUUGGAGGCCCGCGCCAGUGCGAGGGAAGCGGCAAUCGAGCGGCGGGCAAACGACUACCUUGCUCUUGGUGAAUCGCUUGUGGAAGAGUUGGAGAAGGCCGUACAGUCGUUGGCGCAGACGCAGGAGCGACUCGAUCAGGCCGUUCAAGAGGCAGCAUGGAAGAAGGCAACUCUAGAUCUCGCCCAGCGUGCUCUUGCCCAAAAGACACACGAGGGGAUUCUCAGUGGCGCACAAGAGCCAGCAGUGCAGGCUGCUGUGGCGCUGGCGCAGGCUCAGCCAGAGUUGGAAAAGAAGCAAAAGGAGCUGAACAAUGCAAUGAAGGAUGCGCAAGUUCAUCAGGCUGUGCUGCAGAAGGCGGAGUCUUUGGUGGAGCAGAUCUUAUCUCAUUUGGGAGCGCAGGAACAGGAGCUCGCUAGUGCUCAAGCCGAGUCUGAACUGUUGCGGCCAAAGCCGACCUGCAGAAUACGCAGUAUCUCCUGGCGGCGCAGGAACAAGAGACGAGCGGUGCCGCAAGAACAGACUGCAUUGACCAAGAACCAAACCCGGCUGGCAGAGACGGAGGACGCGGUGAGCAGCGCUGUGCAGAAGGCAGAGGCGCGAAAGGCCAAGCUGGCAGGAGCGCAGCAGGCACUUGCCGCCGCGCUGAAAGAGACGGAAAAGGCCGAGGCUGCCUUGACUCAGGAGCAGGAAGCUGCCGUCGCAGAGAUGCAGGAGCGGCUAACAAAGAGACGAAAAGCUCGCAGAAAGUGA